CAAACACAACAUCCCUAAUAGCUCAAGUUGACGAUAGUAAAACUCAUCACCACCAGUUGCAAUGCAUCUCAGUUAUACCUGACUUUCUUUUGCGUCUGCUCCAUUUUUUUAGUUUGUGUCUAUUCAUCUUCAUCCACUCUAAAAGUAACACUUAGACAUCUUGUAACUGGAUGUUUUUUCUCUCUCCUCCCUCUUUUCUCUCUCGAGCGAUUUUAGGUUUAGCCGCGCCGCCGUCCAUAUUUCUCCGUGUUGCCUCUCCGGCGGCCACCACGGCGCUGUGAGAGGACUCUAGAUCUGUUUAUGUUUUUCCUUUGUUUUACUGUAAGCCUUGAGAUCUCGGUGUGCGAAGUGGUCCGGUGGUUAAGAUUCUUCACGGUGUUGGUGAGGCAGAUCCAGUUCUGGCGUGUCUCGUAGACGGUGAAUCUGACCUUUGGCUAAGGUCUGCCGUUCGUUUUUCCGGCUGUCCCAGCCGAAAUUCAGUGCAGUAUCAUUUUGUUGGGAUGGUGUCGAUCUUCGGAGGAUCGCCGGUUCUGUGCCUCUUCUCCCGUUUUGUUGUCUUCCCCGCCCAUGGUAUCCGUACACGUAGAGAUCUACACUUCCCGGCUCUGAUUCUUGCGAAAAUUGUAAGCUUCGUAGCUCAGGAUGGCAUAAAACAUUUGAGGAACUGGCUGGUCGCAGGGCGUGCUGGUAGAGUAGCGGUUCACUCGCCGGAAACACUUGCGUUGGUUAGGCUCGAUCGCCAUUCAGAUUUCGUUAAGUGGGCACGCCCUGAUUCUGUGUACCAUGAUUUCUUUGGGAUGUGCUUAUACGAGAAGAAUCCAUAUGCUUUGUAUGUGAAAAGUUUAUUCUUAGCAUUUCAAUGUUCUGCUUUGAAAGAGGCAAUUGCAGUGGUAAGUACGAUUAAACAUGUCUACCCAGUUGCUGAGCUGUUGUGGAUAAUGUUGAAAAGCUGCGAAGGCACUAUGGAUAUGGACUUUUACUGGAACUACAAGAAGAAGUCGCGGUUUGGUGAUGUUGAUUUGCUGGCGGACUCUCUUAUGUACCACAUCACCAAAAUGCGGCCAAAGAGAAGGGGGACUUUUUCAAAAGCUUGGCAAUUUGAAGAGGCGCUGCAGGAAUUCAAUGGGGAGAGGUGUAUCGACUGUAUCUUCUUCUACCUAUCUAGAGAUGUAAUGCUUCUGUCUUAG